AUGUCGGCCGAGAUCGCCCCCGAGGACGUCUCGUCGCCGUCUAAGGAGCGACACUCGUUGACCCUCGACCAGCGACGCGCCCUACGACGUUGGGCGAGUUCGCAGCCCGUGCGCCCGAGCCACAAAGCGUGCAUCGACUGGUUUCAGAGCCAAUACAACCAGACCAUCUCGCAGUCGACCGUCUCACAUUCGCUUUCUCCCAAGUAUGCCCGGCUCGAUGGCGACACCCAGUUGUCCGGCUCUCGCCUGCGCUUCGGCAACUGGCCCGAUGUUGAGAAGCUAGUCCUGCUUUGGCACCAGCAGAUGGUCAACAGCGGCCGCCACCCUUCCAAUGAAGAGCUCGCCGAAAAGGCCAAGAACAUCUUCACCCAACUACCACGCUACAAGGACGAGAACCCGCCCGAAUUCUCACCAGGUUGGAUCCACCGCUUCAAGAAGCGCUACGGUCUCCUCAUCCGUCGCCAACGCCGCCAUGGCAGCGCUCAGAACGCAGCCGACGACAUCCCCUACCUGAUCGACGCUGUCCCCCGUUUCAUGAACAUCACGCCCGAGGUCUCGCCCGCCGCCAUCCGCGAUGCAGUUCAGCGUGUCGUCGGGCGUGGAAACGUCCCUCGCCAUCUCGGCGCCCCCCACGCCACCAACGGCGAUACCCCCAUGUACACGGAUGAAGACCCAGAAGUCGUCCUCCAGAACGCCCUGCGCGCGCUCCAACAGGAAGAAGCCGACGCCGAAGCGCAGGCUGCCGCCGAACGCGAAGCGCGGGACCGCUCCGAGCGGGGCAUGCCUCCCCUGGGUACUAUCGCCGGACAGGCUUACGCCCAACAGGCCGCGGCGGCCGUCAACGCCAUCUCUACGCCCAUUAACACGGCGAGAGCUAGCGUCGGUCCGCCGCCCAGCGCCGGCGGCGGCAACGGUGGGACGGCGGCCAAUUCAGUGGCGGCGCCGCGUUUCAUCGCGCCAACACCCCAGCCCACCGGGUCGGCAGGUAGUGCCGCCGGCGAGGAUCUCACCCUGACCCCAAUUCCUAGCGGCGGGCCCGUGUCGGUUACGGAUCGGCCGGUGCGCUGUCCGUUCUGCCUGAACCAGCGGAUGCUGAGGACGAUCAAGGAGGCCGUGGAACAUAUGUCAACCCACGUCAUUGUGUGA